GAGUGAGGGAGAGAGAGAGAUAGCUGAAAGAGAGUGUGGAAGAAAAAGAAAGGCAAACAAAGAAAGAGGGGGACAUAUCUGAGGGAGCUCGACGGAAAGAAGAAGAUCGAUGGGAGAGGCUGCUCGUUCAAGUUCCAUGGUGCAAUCACAAGAAAUUUUGAUUCUGAUUACGACUUCUCCAGUUUACACAUUAUUGAUCUGUCCUACAAUAAUUUUUCAAGUUUUCUGCCAUCUGAAUACUUCAAGAAAUGGAUUGCCAUGAAGGCUCUUGGCGCUAGCAAUUCAUCUUAUUUGGCUACUACCAUAAGGAUAACGAUCGAAUAUUCAGGAGUACUAUGGGACUUUGAGUUUAUUUAUCCUUGCUCUGUUACCAUUAAAAACAAAGGCAAGGAUAUGCAAUAUGAAAGGGUCCAAGAAGUUUUCACAGUGAUUGAUCUUUCGAGCAACAGAUUCCAUGGUGACAUCCCAGAGUGUAUGGGGGAACUACAACGACUCCAAGUCCUUAGCCUUUCCAACAACAUGCUUACUGGCAGUAUCCCUUCGUCAAUCUCCAGCUUAACCCAACUCGAAUCGUUGGAUCUUUCCGUAAACAAGCUCUCUGGGAAAAUCCCUCAGCAACUGGUGCAGCUCACAUUCCUUGCAUCAUUCAAUGUAUCUUUCAACCAUCUCAGGGGACCAAUACCGCAAGGGAGUCAAUUCUCUACGUUUGACAGUAGCUCGUACAAGGGAAAUGCAGGAUUAUGGGGUUAUCCAUUGGAAAGUCUCAAUACUCCUAAAGCGCUGCCGCCUUCAGAUUCAGGUUCUGAUGAAGAUGAUGAUGAAGAUUCAAAGUCUUGGUUCAAGUCUAAUUGGAUUACAAUUCUACCGGGAUUUGUUGGCGGAUUGAUAUUUGGAGUGGCCAUAGAGCACGCUCUUUUAAUGGACAAGCGUGAAUGGUUUUUCAAGGUUGUGGAUUUUGUGGUUUUGACCAAAGCUAAAGGGAGAAAAGGCUAGAAGCUGAGACGUGCAACUUGAGAUUUACUGCCAUAAUUUUGUGUUUUUGCUAUUUUGCUGCUAAUAAAGAGAUUGUAUUUAGUUUUUUUCCUUUCGUCAAUGUUGCCUAAUAAUAUUACAACGUCCUGAUCUAUUAUACAUGUAAAUUUAGCAUCUUUCUAGUUAUUAUGUAUAACAUUUCGUUUCCUAUUU